AGAUAGAAAUUUGUAAAUAGUGCAAGGAACUCUUAAGCGAAAGUAGUUUUUUCUUAAAUUAAACGUUAAUGAGAUUAUUCAGAGGGUUGUUCUGCAAAUUUGUAAAGAAGUAUUCUAUUUAAAAAAUUAUAGAGUAGAAAUUGACGAGUGCUUUAUGAUUAUAUUUUUUCUUAGAAUCGAUUUUUUUCUACCUCAAUUUUUGUGAUUUUUUUAUCUAAAUUUUUGAUUCUUUAUUUUAUUAAAAUGAGUGGUUUGAUUAAGAAUCCAAGUUGGAUAAGACGAGAAUUUAGCAUUUGGCGCAUAGCGAUUAUUGAAAAUGAACAGAUCAAAGUUAUUAGUGGCUACGAAAUCUCAAAGCGAAAUGAGAGACGUAGCUACAAGGAUUUGUCGUGAAUAUUUGUCUGGCGCUUGGAAGACAAUCUCAUCGGAAGAAAUCCAAGUGAAAAGAAUAAGUCUACCAACAACGAACAAUGAUAAUUCAUGUGGAUCAAUCACAUCAAAACGAACUCGAAAGGAUAGCUAUCACAACCAAAACUUAAUAGAACCGACACCAUGUUCAGUUCUGCUUAGAAUUUAUGGACAAACUCAUGGAGAACACGCUUUAGAAACAAUGUUGACAGAAUCUGUAGUAUUCACGUUACUGAGUGAACGUCAAUUAGGACCAAAACUUCAUGGAAUAUUUCCUGGUGGAAGAAUCGAGCAAUACAUUCCCGCACGAGCUUUAACAACUUCCGAGCUAGCUUGCAAUCAAAUUUCUAUGAAAAUAGCUGAAAAAAUGAGUGAGAUUCAUAGUUUAGAUAUUCCCGUUUCUAAGGAGCCUGAUUGGUUGUUUCUUACAUUGAAUCGAUGGCUUAAUAAUCUCGACACGAUCAUGAAGGAUGUCAAAAAUAAUAACAACAUGAUGGAAAGUCCUGAAGAUCUUUCAGUGAAACUCAGCCAAAUUGAUUUUCGUAAAGAAGUUCAAUGGCUUCGCAUUGUUAUAGAAUCAGAAGCAUAUCCGGUGGUUUUCUGUCAUAAUGAUUUGCAAGAAGGGAAUAUUUUGUUCCGUGAGAAGAAUUUUUUACCGAACACGUCUUCAUAUGUUUCAGAAUCAGGAAAUGAUAUCAGAUCUCUAAAUGAUUUGAGUCCUAUGGCAAUUUCCAACUCUGACGUUGAAAAAACUCAGUCAAUUGUCGACAAAGCUUGUUUGCGUAAACGAUCACUUGACGAAAGUAACAAUUCGAUCGUCAAUCCAAAUAAAAUUGAUGAUUUUGAGAAGGAAAAUGGAAAUCCUGAACUAAUGAUCAUCGAUUUUGAAUAUUGCGCCUACAAUUAUCGUGCUUUUGAUAUUGCAAAUCAUUUUCUAGAAUGGACUUAUGAUUACACAAACGAAAAGUUUCCUUACUUUUAUCAUAUCAGGGAAAAAUAUCCUAAUGCAAACCAAAUGGACAAGUUCUUAACUGUUUACUUAAAAGGACGUUCUGGUGAUUUUACUAUGGAAGAAGAGAAAAAGAAAUUGAUUGAAGAAAUUUCGUUGUUCACACUUGCGUCUCAUAUGUUUUGGGGAGUUUGGGCCAUUGUCAACAUUAAUCAAGAUAUUGAGUUUGGGUAUUGGAAUUAUGCCAAUGUUCGGAUUUCUGAAUAUUUCGCAGCUAAGGAGAGAUACUUAAAAUUGAAGCCUCACAAACGUGAUAUUUGCGAUCUCCAAACACGUCAUGGAGAAUGUGUUAAGAAUUAG